AUGUCGCAAAGCCAUGCCCUUUCCGACGAUCAGGUCGCGGGUGAGCUCCGCAAGAUGACGGCCUUCAUCCGGCAGGAAGCGCUGGAGAAGGCCCGUGAGAUCGAACUGAAAGCCGAUGAAGAGUUUGCGAUUGAGAAGUCAAAGCUCGUCCGUCAGGAAACCGCUGCCAUCGACACACUGUACGAGAAGAAAUUCAAGCAGGCUGCCAUGUCCCAACAGAUCACCCGCUCCACCCUUUCAAACCGUACUCGUCUCCGUGUUCUUUCUUCUCGUCAGGAGCUUCUUGAUGAGCUGUUCCAGCAGGCUCGUGAUAAGAUUUCCAGCAUCGCAUCUAAGGAUGCUAAGAAGUAUGAAACUGUUCUGCAGGGACUGAUUCUCGAGGGCUUGUACGCUCUUAAUGAGGAGAAGGUGGCCAUUCGUGUGAGGGCGAAGGACACUGACGCAGCUAAGAAGGCGAUUGAGGAAGCGCAGAAGGUGUUCAAGGAGAAGGUUGGCAAGGAUGUUACUGUGGAGGUAGAUGAGGCUGAGCCUCUGCCGGAGGGAUCUGCUGGAGGUGUGGUCAUUAUCGGCGGUCAGGGUACGAUCGAGCUCAACAACACUUUCGAGGAGCGCCUGCGGUUGCUCGAGAUCGAUGCUCUUCCCGCCGUGAGGGAAACACUAUUCGGAAAGAACCAGAACCGGAGGUUCUACGAUUAG